AUGAAUACAUCAACAACAAUAACACCAAAUGAAUCAAAUCCUCAAGAAUAUAAUCUACAACCUCUAGAAUUUGUCACGUCAAACAACAAAGAAAUUCCAUAUCCCAUCAAUAAUGAUAAUUUUCACGAAGAGAACAAUCAUUCAAUAAUUACACGAUCAGUAACAACCACCACAUCUACAACGACAAGAUCUCAUCAAUCAUCAUUACAUUUAUUAGAUGACCCCUCAAGAUUCCCUGAUGGUUGGAACAAUAGAGCCAUGAUAACUUUAUUUGGAUCAUUUUUAGGUAUGAUUGGAUCAUUAGGAUAUGUGAAUUCUGGAGGAGUUAUUCAAUCAUAUAUAUCAGAAAAUAUUUUAAUUAAUGAUUCCCAAUCUUCUAUUGGAUGGAUUUUCCUGAUUUAUAAUUUUUUUGCCUUUGGUGGGAUUUUAAUUCUGGGGAUAAUAUUUGAUAAAUUUGGUUGUCGAAUACCAAUUUUUUCAGGGAUUAUAAUUAUGUUUAGUGGAUUAUUAGCCACAAGUUUUUGUCAUUCUUUAUAUCAAUUCAUUUUGGCUUAUAGUAUAUUAGCUGGAUUAGGGACUGCAUUUGUAUUUGGACCAUUUGUUGCUUGUUUAAGUCAUUAUUUUUUACAGAAAAGAGCUUUGGUUAUUGGGAUUUCUUAUACAGGAGGUGGAUUAGGUGGAGUGAUAUAUCCGUUAAUGUGUCGAUCAUUAUUUCUGAAAAUAGGUUAUGGAUGGACUAUGAGAAUUGGAGCAUUUAUAAGUUUAUUUUGUUGUGGUAUAGGUUGGUUAUUAGUAAGUGAUCGACAUAAAGAGUUUUCACCAAAAUCAGAGAAAAGACAAGAAGCUAGUUCUAGUAGUAUUGUGGAUGUUGUUGAAAAUGAAUUCAUUAGUAUAAUUAAAGAAAUUUUUUAUUCAAUUGAUUUCAAAAUUCUAUAUAAGAAUUUAUUAUUUACAGUAUUAGUAUUUGGAUUAUUAUUUAAUGGGAUUGUAUUUUUAAUUUCAAUUGUUCAAUUACCUUCCUAUGCUAUAUCUCAUGGAUUCUCCGAACAACAAUCUUAUUUAUUAUUAGUAGUAUUCAAUUCUUUUAGUAUUCCUGGAAGAAUUAUCCCUAGUUAUUUUGCUGAUCAAGGUUUGGGUCGAUUUAAUACUUUCUGUUUAAUAAAUUGUUUUUCAUUAAUUGCCUUUGUGGUUAUUUGGUUACCAUUUGGUAAUCAUUUAACGGCAUUGUUUAUAUUUGCUGGAUGUUUUGGAUUUUCAAGUGGAUCAGUUUUAAGUUUAACUGCUAGUCUUGUGGCUCUGAUUGUGAAAACUUCUGAUGUUGGUAAAGGAUUAGGAACAGCUUUUUUUAUACUUUCAAUUGCUGAUUUAUUUGGUAUUCCUAUCGCUGGAGCAAUCGCUAGUGGUAGUAAACAAAGUUAUAACAAUUUAGUAUAUUUUUUAACUGCUUGUGCUGCAAUUGGGGCUAUAGUUAGUUUUAUAUCUCGGUACCUUUAUGGUGGGUUUAAUUUUAAUAGAGUUUGA